AUGGCACGAAGGGGGAUUGAUUGUAUCCUCAUGUAUAUCAGCAGUUGCUGGAGGUGCCUGUUCUACAUUAUUCACAUAUCCAUUGUGGGUUAUCAAAACCAGAUUACAGUCUCAAUCGAGUAUCUCUAUCGAGAACACCACUAG